AGGUAUUGUUGGCUAAGAUUAGUUAUCAUUCAGGCGCUUUCAUUUGCGGAGGCGUCACGCAAUCGACAAUAUUUCACGAUGGAUCUCCGUGCGCCCUGCUGUACAGUGAUAAUUAUAGCAAUAAUAGCUGUUAUAUGGAUAACUGCGGCAGAAAACGCGGACCGUCCUUGUAUGGCAAGAUCUACAGUCAAUGGAUCAGUGUGUGUAUGUACUGCGGCUUACUGCGACACUAUCACUAGAACAGUGCCUCUUAGCGGCAGUUACGUUUCCUAUAUCUCUUCUGAGGCAGGAUUACGAUUUCAUAAAACAAUUGGGAAACUCUAUAGACAUGAAAAAGAUGAGACCUCAGAAACUACUAUCGAAGUAGAUGUGACGACUAAGUACCAAAGUAUAGAAGGUUUCGGGGGCGCUGUGACUGAUGCCGCCGGGAUCAACUGGCAGAACCUGACCGACCCGCGACUCAAGCGCCAUUUAAUACAGUCUUACUGCAGCGACCAAGGUCUGCAAUACAACAUGUUGAGGGUUCCUAUCGGUGGAUCCGACUUCUCGACGCGCGGGUACGCGUAUAAUGACUUGCCUGAACACGAUGUGAAAUUAGCCAACUUUACUUUGGAGCAUGAGGAUUAUGAAUAUAAGAUUCCUAUGAUCGAGGCGUGCAUGGAAGUAGCUACCGCACCAAUAGAAAUAAUAGCUGCGACUUGGUCUCCCCCCAUUUGGAUGAAGACCAACGACGAGUUCUCAGGCAACAGCCGACUGCACAAGAAAUACAUGCAGACUUACGCAGAUUAUCAUUAUAAGUUCUUAGAAAAGUACGCGGAGGCCGGUAUCCCGGUGUGGGGUCUGAGCAUCACGAAUGAGCCUCUACACAGCAGCAUCAACUACAUCCCGGCGAACAUAAACAGCUUGGGUUGGAAUAUGGAUGACAUGAGAGACUACAUCAUGGAGAACUUGGGCCCUACCCUCCGUAACAACAAUUCCAUGUUCAAAGAUGUUAAGAUCAUCACCGGAGAUGAUCUGCGCUUCACCAUCAUUCUCUAUUGGAAUAUGCUGAUUCUGGUAUACCCUGAGACCCUGCAGUACCUGGACGGCGUUGCAGUCCACUACUAUAUGAACGCAUACACACCGCCCACCAUCCUCUCUCAGGCCAUGGAGAACUAUCCCGGCAAGUUCGUCAUAUCCACUGAAAUCAGUGCAGGUGCUAUGCCAACGGAUACCGUCAAAGUAAAUUUAGGAGCGUGGGAUCGGGCUGAGUUAUAUGCAGGAGAUAUCAUAGAGAACCUCAGCAACAACGUAAUAGGCUAUCUCGAUUGGAAUAUGUGCUUGAACACAGACGGUGGCCCCAGUUGGAUCGACUCGUCCAUUGACUCGGCCAUCAUCGUGAACGCGACCGCGGGCGAGUUCUACAAAAAUCCUAUGUUCUACGCGAUGGGUCACUUCUCCAAAUUCGUUCCUAGAGGCUCCAGGAGAGUGAAAACUACUGUUACCAACGAGACCAGUAUUCAGAAUAUCGCUUUCCUCACCCCUAAUGAUACUGUCGUCGUUGUUCUAUUCAAUAAAGGUGCUGAAGAAAAAGUCAGAUUGCGUUUGGGAGCGAAUGAAGCCGAGCUAUCAAUUGAAGCCAAAUCUAUUACAACCGUCGAGAUGCCCAACGAAUGAUGAUUAGUUUUAGAUAGCUGAUGAUAAAAAUAAAUACUUA